ACCAAACCCACUCUUUGCUUUCGCCUCUUCUUACUUUCUUCUCCUUCUUCGCCUUCGCUUUUGGCCUUUGUUUCGAACAAGUACAAAAACUCCUCUUCUUAAAUCCUACCUGUAAUCUUCCCUUCCUUCCAAAUUUGUCUCUUUCCAAAUUUACGUUACAAAGAACUCUCUCUCUUUUGGAUUCAUAAAACCAGUCGGUGAUCUUUUGCAACCCAAUUCUUUGCUAAAAUCACAGAAAAACCCCAAAACCCAACACCCUUUUGGUUAUAUAUAGAAACCCAACCCUUUGGCAUAUAAUGCUUGUUGAUGUCUUUGAGAAAAAAAAUUACUCUAAGAAAAAAUUGUACUUGUUCAAGAAAUGGAUUGUUCUUCAAAUUUGAACCGGGCUUUGCCGUUUCACAUCGAUCUUAACGAAACUCCUCUUCCUUCACCUAGGGAAAUCGAAAGGGGUUUGUUUUUAGAACACCCAGAAUCAUCUUCCCGGGUCAAGUCGGUGGUCACUCCUCCGAGUCAAACGAAUGUUCGGGUUUGUUCUUCUUGUGAGAUUGGUUCUAAUGGGAAGAAGGAUGAGCAGAAAGAGGAGUGGAAAUGCUUCAAGUGUGUGCUUAGUGGACGCCGCCGCAGCAGCUCUGACGGCGGCAGCGGUGCUGGUGGCAGAGGCGGAGGCGGAGGCAGCGAAGUAGUGGAGCUGCUGGAUAUGAAUUCAUCGCCGCCACUUGAUAUGAAUGUUUCACCGCCAAGGGAACAGGAAGGGGAAGGGGUGUUUCAGUUUGUCGAUUUGAAUGAAGAUUUGCCUGUUGCAGGACGAGAAGUGGAGCAAAACAAUGGGGCCAAAGUUCAAGCUAUGAAAAGUUCCUCUUCUACUGGUCAUUCCUUCAAUGCCCCAACAAGCUCUUUUUUGCUAUAUAGGGAGAAUGGAUUUAAAACUCAGAAGGCCUCCUCACAUACGGGGGAUAUUCAUAAGUCACAAUUGGAGGACACACUACUCCAUAGAUCUCACUCUGACCAGAUAAACCGAAGUAUAACUGAUCCAGUAUUGAUGUAUGAUUUCAGAAAUCGUGUAUGUCAUUUUACUGCCAAAAAAUAUGUUACGCAAGGUGUGUGUGAAGUUUAUCUUCAAGACCUUAGAGAAUAUAUUGCUGGGAUGAAAGGUAACUUGUGCAGGGGCUGGCAUGUGGAUUUUGAGUAUUGUGACAAAAGAUGCAAGACUUAUGCAGUAUAUGUUGGACCAGAUGGAAGUCGCUUUGAGUCGAUUGAUGAUGUUGCUCGACAUAUGGGGUUGCACCACUCCAUGGAGGUUGAGAAUGGAGGUAACGGCUUUACUUCAUAUCGCGAGGGAUUGCCAAAUAUCCAAAGAAGUAAAGAAGCUUCAGGUUCUGCUAAAACCCGCAAGACCGGAGAGAGUUGGAGUUCUCCUGGGAGAGGCUUAUUCCGUAAUUGUGGCUCUAUCUUCAAGUGUACAUAUCCAAGUGAUGACUUUCCAGUCCAGUUCCAGGAUUUUAUUCUUAUUGCAGCUGGAAAUAUUGAUCCACGACCAUUAUAUCACUGCACUAGUGAGAUAUGGCCUGUGGGUUACUUGUCUAGCUGGCAUGAUAGAAUUACAGGAUCUUUUUUUACUUGUGAGGUUGCAGAUGGAGGUGAUACUGGCCCAGUUUUCAAGGUCAGGAGGUACCCAUGCAUCCUGCAUUCUGUCCCAAUUGGUUCGACAGUCCUUUUAACAUCUAAAUGUGAUUAUCAUAUUGGCGAAGAUAAUGUGGUAAAUGGUAAUUCUGCAACUUCUACGCUGGUUGAUGAAGAGAGUGUUUCUAUCCAGGCGAUGCUGGAAGAGUGCAGCCCACCAGAUCUGAAUAGUGACUCUCAUACUGCUGAAAAUAUGGAGAGGGUGAAUGCAUUGCCUGGAAAAUUUGGAAAUAUAUGUCCUGGUGCUAUUGGGCAAGGGGAUAGUAUAGGGGAGUUCGUUGUAGAAGGGAGAUCACCAUCAUCUGUGUGGGAAAUUGUUUCCCAGACUAUUCAGCAUGCAUGCAUUGAUGCUUAUAACAAAAAAGGUGUAAUCCAAUUCUGUUGUACUCAUGAUGUAUAUAAAAUGGAUGAACAAGAGUCGAGUGAGGUUGGUUCAUUGUCCAAGUUCUCAUACUUAGGUGCCCCUCCCAAUUUUCCAAGAUCAGUGCAGAGCAAUUCCGAGUUAAAAACUGCUUGUGAAAUGUUAGUGAAGUGGUUAGAGCAAGACAGAUUUGGACUAGAUGCUGACUUUGUGCAAGAAAUUAUAGAACAGCUUCCUGGUGUAUCUGCGUGCUCAAAUUAUAAAAUUGUUACUAAGAGAAAGGACAACACAACUCUGCAAACAGUUGGAAAUGGGUUCCUGCUGGCUAAAAGAAAGAAUCACUUGCAGGAUGAGAGGGAAGCUGUUGAAUCUUUGAGAAUUUCUGGAACACCCAGAAAGCAUCUGGAAGAUGCUGACAUUAGGCGUCCCUGCUCUUCAGGAAAGCCAUUGAGUACAAAGAUUCCUGCAUUUUUGAUUGGCGACACUCUCCAGGUUUGGGAAUUUUUGUUGAGGUUUUCAGAGGUCUUGGGGCUAAAAGCUCCAUUUUCAUUUGAAGAAAUUGAGGAGGAAUUAGUUAGUCCAUGGAUAGACAAAACAAGUUCAAUGGAAAUGCCCGUACUUGAGAUUCAGGAUGUCAGAGAGAUCACCUUAGCAAGAGGUGGAAUGGACUCUCUAUCUGGUCGAUUGGGUUUCCAUCAAUAUAGCCGAUAUGCUGGUGUGCUUUUUACAAAGAUUCAUGGUCUGCUGCUCAAAGCUCUUGUCACCGAGCUUCUCUCUAAAGUUGCUGUCUAUGUAGAUCCCAAUAUUGGUGCAGGAGGGUCCAAAUCUAGAAGAGGUAGGAAAAAAGACCCCGACAAUUUAGCUACUCUUAAGAAAACUAGACUUGAUAUGCUUCCCAUUAAUGAAGUUACAUGGCCUGAAAUUGCUCGGAGGUACAUGUUAGCAUUGUUAUCCAUGGAAGUUAACCUUGAGUCUGCAGAAAUUGCUUGCAAAGAAAGCGGUAGAGUAUUUCAUUGCUUACAAGGUGAUGGUGGGCCAAUUUGUGGCUCUCUUACGGGAGUUGCUGCAUUAGAAGCUGAUGCCAUGCUUCUUGCAGAGUCUACAAAGCAAAUAUUUGGAUCGCUGAAGAGUGGAAACAUUUUUGUUUCUGUUGAUGAGAAGGAGUCUGAUACCAAAGGAGCUGAUGCUGAGAAUGGGCAAGUCCCAGAGUGGGCCAAGGUUCUGGAGCCUGUACGGAAGUUACCUACAAAUGUGGGGGCUCGAAUUAGAAAAUGUGUCAAUGUGGCUUUGGAAAAAGAUCCACCUGAAUGGGCAAGGAAAAUAUUGGUGCAUUCGAUUAGUAAGGAAGUUUACAAGGGAAAUGCAUCAGGGCCAACCAAGAGAGCAGUAAUUUCCCUCCUGGGGGAACUUAACCGUGGAAAUACUUCAUCCAAACCUGAGAAGGAAGAAAAGGUAAAGAGUUCUAGCUCUGUGUCUGAUAUCAUUAUGAAACAAUGUCGGAUUAUACUACGGAGAGCUGUUAAAGAAGAUAAAGAUAAAGUCUUCUGCAAUCUCUCGGGAAGAACAGUUCUGAACCCUAAUGACAAUGACAAUGAGGGGCUACUUGGGCACCCAGCAAUGGUACCCAGGCCUUUAGAUUUCAGGACCAUUGAUGUGAAGCUGGCUGCUGGAUCCUACGGGGGAUCACAUGAAGCUUUCAUCGAUGAAGUGCGGGAGGUUUGGCAUAAUAUACAGACUGCGUACUGUAACAAGUCCAAUUUGCUUGAGUUAGCUGGAUCGUUGUUGCAGAAAUUUGAGGAAGAUUAUGAAAAAGAGGUUCUUCCCCUAGUCCAGAUAAUUGAGUGUUCAAAUGACAGCAGUUUAAGUAGUGAAGUUGCAAAAGAUAGCGAUGGUCUCCUAGCUCAUGUGAAUGAGAGCUCACUUCCUAAAGCCCCUUGGGAGGAUGGACUCUGUAAAGUAUGCAGCAUGGAUAAAGAUGACGUCAAUGUUCUUCUUUGUGAUAAAUGUGAUUCGGAGUAUCAUACGUAUUGCUUAGAUCCUCCGCUUGUUAAAGUUCCUGUUGGGACGUGGUAUUGCCCAGAUUGUGAAGCGAAGAUAUCACAGUCCCAGAAUGCUUCUUCUGGUUCUCAUAUUAUUCGUCAAUGCGUUAAAAGGAGGUUGCACAGAAAACUAACUCAUAAGUUCAUGGAAAAACUUUCUCAAUUAACAAGCACCAUGGAGUUGAAGGAAUACUGGGAGCUUCCACUGGAGGAUAGAAUUUUCCUCCUUAAAUUCUUGUGUGAUGAGAUGUUGAAUUCAGCCAUUCUUCGUGAUCACAUUGACCGAAGCGCCUCUCUGUCUGCUGAAUUGCAGCAGAAACUGCGUAGCGUCGGUGCUGAACUGAAGCUUCUAAAACAUAAGAAGGAAAUUUUGACUGCAAAAUGGAAGAAUGAUGCCCGGAGCAGUGGAGACACAGGGUCAGACACAUCUCUAUGGUCCAAUGACUGUAAACUGAAGGUGCAGGGGCCCGACAGUGGUAGCCAUAACUCGUCAAUCUCUGGUGGUUGCAGACAGCUGGAUGAUGGCACUCAACACAAUAAGUGUAAUGAUUACAACAAACAAUCCUGCUUGUACACUUCAAAAAACAUUCAGGAUAAAACUUGUUCAAGUGGCACCAAUCAUAUUAGAAACUCUCCCGAUCCAAUCAACCAUUUACAGCAUCAGCAGUUGUUGAAGGAUAAUACUGGGUCUCUGAAUACUACUUCUCAUGCAAAAUGUGGUACUGCAGAAGCUAGUUUGCAAAACGACUUGUCCAGAUCUACUACCCUCCAACAAGAAACUGACCAAAUUCCUGGCAAUCUUUUGGAGUCUGCACAAAGUAGUUCGAAAAGUAUAGUGCUGUUUGCUACUCACAUUGUGUCUCCCAUUACUUGUUCAGGCUCCAUGAGCAACCCUUUGGAGGAAGCAUACCUUGUUGAGAUGUCUGCUCUAAAGAAGGAGAUUCGUGCUUUAGAGGACUCAAUUGCUGCCAAAGAAUUGGAACUUCAGGAGGUUUCUGUUAGGAAGGAAUACAUGGGACAGGAUUCAGAAGGCAGACUCUUCUGGACUUUUGGCAGGUCCAUUUCUUCACGAUUAGUAGCUUAUGCAAGUACAAGUACACAGCCGGAGUCAUCUCGACAGUUGUGGUCAUAUGGUGUGGAAAGUUCAAGACAAAGUGGUGUUUUAGAUUCUUCUGCUCCUUGGGGAAAUAUGGGCAUGCCUAAUCUUGAUCAGUGGACAUCUUAUCAAUCUGAUGUCGAUACUGAAAUACUUAUUCGAUGGCUAAAAGAGCACGACAUGAGAGAGAGAGAAUUGAAGGAGUCUAUUUUGCAGUGGCGGGAUAAAAGAACCAUGAUAUACCACUAUUUGGAAAGUCAUGGCCAUGACAUGGAAAGACUGGGCGCUUAUAUCCCAUCUGAGGAUUCUGGUUCCUGUUUCAAUUCUGAUUCACUCGUCACCAGAGCUGUUACUGCAAUUAAAAAGAUGGUUAGUGGUUGCUUAGCAGAAGAGGAAACGGAAAUCUGCACGAAUAUUGGUGUCAAAGUGAGAGUUUCUUUCGAUGGUGAAUUAUAUAGGUGCGAGUGUCUAGAACCAUUAUGGCCGUCUAAACCUCAUUGUCUGUCAUGCCACCAAACAUUUUCCAAUGCUAAGGAACGUCUGAAGCAUGCAAAUGAAAAGUGCAGGAUUGAUUCUCCCAUUCAGCGGGAUGGAGAAACAAGUGAACAACCCGCUAAGCGGAAAAGAAUAGCAAAUAAUGAAAUGCUGCAGGAGAAUUCGUUGAGCAAUAUUGACGUGUCUCAAGCUUCCAAGAGCAAGAUGUUUGGUAAUGGUGAAGCAUCUAGGAGGGACAAGCAUGGUAAUGCACCAGCUUCUGCUGAAAAUCACACCAAACAGGAAUGUCCAUUUAAGUUUGAGGAGAUCAAAGCACAGUUCAUCACUCAGAGGUCACCCAAGGAGCUGGUGAAGGACAUAGGACUCAUUGGGUGUAAUGGUACACCAUCAUUUGUUCCAUGCACAUCUCCAUAUCUAAGUGAUUCUACCCUUGGAUUGCUCUCCCAAAGGGAAGAUGAGGUAUGUGCAGGAAAUUCUACAGAUUUGUUGUCUUCAGAGCAGCAACUUCGGAAUGGGGUCAAAGUUUCUCGCACUAAUAACUCCGACAAUCCAAUUUGUACUGGAAAUGGCUUAGCUGGGGUUGGACCAGUGUUUGAGAGACUAAAAUCUGCAACCAAGAGGGGAAGAGAUCAGUUUUCUUCUACCAAGGAUAAAAUCCUUGAAUUUGGGGUUAAUAGGUACUUUGUUAUUCCGGAAUCCUCGCUACAUCCUGUAGCAGGUCGGGCUUCUGUGAUUUUACGGUGUCUUAAAAUCAACUUGCUUGACAUAGACGCGGCUUUACCUGAAGAAGCUUUGAGAGUGUCAAGGUUACAAUCAGAGAGAAGACAUGCAUGGCGUGCCUUCAUAAAAUCUGCAGCUACAAUUUAUGAGAUGGUCCAAGCGACAAUUAUUUUAGAGGACGCCAUCAAAACCGAAUACUUGAAAAAUGAUUGGUGGUAUUGGUCAUCACCUUCAGCUGCAGCAAGAAUCUCUACGCUCUCAGCCCUCGCCCUCCGUGUAUAUGCCUUGGACUCUGCUAUUUUGUACGAGAAACUUUCAUGUCAUGAUGCCUCAGAGACAGAUUGCAAGGAAGAGAGGGAACCUCCUCCUCGUAAUUCUGUCCCCACAAACACAGCCAGUCCUUCAAAGAAAAAGCUGCUCGACUCGGAAGCUGCUGAGAGUUCGAGACCCAAGGGCUGUAGGACAAGUAAGAGGAGAAAAGAUUCAGGCAACAGUUAAAACAGGAUACAGGCUUCAGGUUUGCAGAUCAUCAUUAUUCAAGGCAUUCACUGUACUCUUUUGUAUACCAGUCAGGCCAAUGGGUUGAAAUUCUUUAAGCAUAAAGGAAUGUUUGCAAGAUCCUAUCCUAUAAGCUUCAGGAGCAGGCUGUGCACCAACUCUAUCUAUUGUUUGGAGAAUCGAAAGAUGAUGUUUUUGCUCUCUGACUUUGUAGAAGUUACCCAAAUUCUUUUUUGCUUUGAGGAAGGCAUGGGAGAAUUGUUCAGCACAUAGCCUCUCUGAGUAUACAUACAACAAAAAGGCCUUUAUAUGCCGAUAAGAUUGUGGCAUUUGGGGUUUUAUACUCUUGAGAGAUAUACAGAUUUGGUUAGGAGGCGGGCGCGCGAGUUAGUUAAACAGUUGUACAUAGCAAAGCAAGUUUGAACAGGUCGUUAGUGCCAUCUCAUUUAUGUAAGUUUUUAUAUAGACUAGUCAUGUUGUUCAUCA